AAUUGCACAGUUUAUUAUAGAUGUCUUAUAAAUUGUUUCUCUGAAGAACUACGACUAGACUCAUCGAUUUUAGGUGUACCAGUCGAGGAAGUGUCUUAUCUUAGUAAAUUCGAAUAUAACGUCAGGAAAAUCUCAUUAUGAAGCUCGUCAUUGUGGUUGUCAUAGCUAUGCUAUCUGCUACCAUGGUAACAGCUGCACCUGGGGUAUCCAAAGAAAGAAGAUUGUCUGCACUUUCUAUGGCAAAAGAUGAAAGUGAGAGGGCAGCCCCAAUUAUUAAAAGGCCUGAUCAAUGUGACCUCCAAAAUAUUGGAGUAUGUAAAACAAGUUGUAACGAAACAGAAACCAUAUCAGAGGACAACGGAGACGAGAAUAAAUGUGAAAAUCCAAACGAAGUUUGCUGUGAAGACGAUGGCGGUGGAAGCGGCGACCCUCACAUCUUAACUUUGGAUGGCAGAAUAUAUUCGUUCCAGGGCGUCUGUACUUAUAUCUUGGUCAAAGACUGUUCUGAUGACGACUGGGAAAUAACGAUGACAAACGAACCAACUGUAUACUAUGGAAUGAAUGUGAGCCGGGUUAGUCUCAUUACUGCACGUGUUCGAGACGUCGUCGUGACACUGGGAAAAGAUGGCUUAAUUAAGAUCAACGGGCAGCUAGUUUCAUCGGCAGAAGACGCUGUUUUUGGUACUGAUAAACUCUCUUUAACAGACAGGAAUGGCGUGGCAGUUUUCAGUUACUACGAGAAAUUUUCUAUGUCCUAUACAGAUAAGGGGUAUGUUGCCGAUGUUAAGAUCUCACCUGGCCUGGAGGGGAAAUGUUGCGGUCUUCUAGGAAACAACGACGGUGACCCGAAAAAUGACUUCCUGUUACCUAACGGCGAAACAGCAAAGAACAAAUUUGCGUUUGUAGAUUAUUGGUUGGUCAGUUGUGACAAGUAACUUCGCAUGUUUGGGACCAUUGGCGACGUGCUUUCAACACUGCCAUUGACGACGUUUGUCGGUUACUCUCUAUCAUUGUUGACAUUCUUUAACCCUUGCCGCCAGAUACUUGGGUCGAGUUUACAGAUAGUUUCAGAACAGAUAUUUACACCAUUGUUUUUUUUUUUAUACAACUUCAUAUUGUAUAAUACAUAUAUAUAUGUAUAUGGUAUAAUGUAGCUAUGUGAAAAGAAUUAUUAAAUUAUGAGAUCUGUUUAGUGUCGUGUCUAUAUAUUCGUUCGUACUUAGAUGGAACACAUUGCUUGAUGUGUAAUAUCAAACGACAGUUAUUGUACAAGCUUCAAUCAGUUUCAUAAUAAAU